CCGCAUGUGUGCACCAGGUGGCGGUGUAAGCUCUGCUACACCAUAUGUAUUUGCAGCCAGUGAUGGGGGGGGGCAGAGAACAAAUCAUAAUGCUGGAGCUUCAUUCCCCCUGGAAGAGCAGAGCUGGUUGGAUCAGGCGCACAGAGAUGUGAGCUGGGGAGCAGGAUCAGCCUCUCCUCUCAGUAUCUCCUGCCCCUCAUCAGAUGCUGAACACUGCCAGCCCCCUCACCAAUGCGGCACGACUGGGGGGCUCUCCACCUCCGCCAUACACUGACAGCACAGGGGCAAGAGGGCAUCAACAUCUCACCCUGCACCAGAAGAAGCAGCCGUGUCCGGGGUCCAUCCUCCCAUCUGACAAAGCCGCUGAUUUAACCCUUUGUGCAGGAGAAAUCCACAAUCUCCGCACUCCCUGCAGGGACUAAGACUCCUCAGACGCCUUUGUCUACCAAUGGAUGACUGACUAUAAAUGCUGCCUUAGCAUCGACUAUCACUCCCAUCAUUAUCCUCGCCAGUCAACAAUCAUUCCUGCAAUCCGGAUAAACACCCAAAACAAGGACGGAUCAAUAAAAGGUGUUACUGACAGCAAUCGGGAGCCAAUCUCCAGCCUCGUCCUCCAUAUCCCUGGUAACCUCUGCCUCCCUCCUAUCUGCAGUGAACAUCUCCCAGAAAAAAAAAAAAAGACCACUGAGCCAGACGGAGGGGGGCAGCAUCUGAAUGCAGGAUUCAUCCUCCAAGACCCUUCCUCCUCCUCAACCCCUGAAAAUGAACAUCUUCAUUCAUUGAAUCAUUUGCUUUGAGGAGACUUCUGGGGGCCAAGACAAAAACUGACUGCAGAGCCCAGAGAAAUCUUGCACCCCCAUAUUUAGAGGCAGCAGCCCCCCUCCAUUACUGCACGUUGUUAAGGGGGCAACGCUGCCUGUGUCCUGCAAUGCAGGCAACAAAGACCAGUCAGUCUCAUUCCUCAGCUUGAUGCCAGUCACCAGCCUCUAGCAAAUUGGAAAUCCUUGGGCUCGCCGUGCUCCUGGGAGGCUACUUGGCCUUGUCACGCCCUCGUCUUGCUUGUGAAGAUCUCUGCCAGAAUGGGCACCGUCUUGUCCCUGUCACCAGGCUCUCGGAAGGCCAGCCUGUACGAUGACGGCUCGGGGUCCCUGGCACAUUAUACAAGCGUCAGCAAGAGCAGUGGACAGAAGCCUGAAAAGACGCUGAAACGACACUCCAUGUUCAUCCCGGCUCUCACCUGGAAGAGGCUGGUGGCCUCUACCAAGAAGAAGACAUCCAGAAAGGGGACUGCCAACAGCAACUACCAGAAAGACGUCGCCCAUUUAAACCAUGAGAAUGUGAAAAAAUCUCUAUCCUGUGCCAAUCUCUCCAGCUAUGACAGUCAACCCCUGGCACCUCUUAACUCCAAGCAGAUCUCGUCCAUCAAGAAGGUCUCCAGCACCACAGGUGGUGGCGGUUCUCCAAAGAGAGUCAUAGUCCAAGCCUCUACCGGUGAACUCCUGAAAUGCCUUGGAGAAUUCCUCUGCAGGAGAUGCUACCGACUGAAACAUCUGUCCCCCACAGACCCUAUUCUAUGGCUACGUAGUGUGGACCGCUCCUUGCUCCUCCAAGGAUGGCAAGACCAGGCCUUCGUCACCCCGGCCAAUGUGGUUUUUGUCUACUUGCUCUGCAGGGACGUCAUUGACGGGGACUCUGUAGCCACUGAGCAUGACUUGCAAGCCACUCUCUUGACCUGCCUAUAUCUAUCCUAUUCCUACAUGGGCAAUGAGAUCUCCUACCCUCUCAAGCCUUUCUUGGUGGAAGCGGGCAAAGAUGCCUUCUGGGACAGAUGUCUUUGUAUCAUUGACGCUAUGAGUGCCAAGAUGUUGAGAAUUAACGCUGACCCGCACUAUUUCACCCAGGUGUUUGCUGACCUCAAAAAUGAGGGAAAUCGUGAUGAAUUCUCCAGAGUACUUGACCGGUGACUGUCCUCCAAAGAGUAGGCCAAGCUUCAUCACAGGUCGAGACUGAUCUUUACCAUCUCUGGCCGACAUCAACGAUCCAGUAGCCAAAAAAUAAAUGAAGAAAUCUUAAAAGGACAAAAUGGGACCACAUUCAACCUUUUGUGCAUUGUCUACGUUGAAAGGUGGUGGAAAAUUUGAGGCAGCGUGACCACUGACCAACGUGCAUCUUUCUUUUUAGGCCAACAAGUGCCUCGCUCACACCACCUCUUGUCCCUUUCCUUACAAGGACUGACACGUUUCUUUCCCUCACACGCACAUAUGGGAAGCGACUGCUCACACUCAUCCCAAAGCAAUCACCAGACUCUUGCCUCUUGUACAAUCUAGGAAAAAAAUUAAGAUAAAUGGGGACGCUCGAUGGAUUCUACCUUUCUCUCUUCACCACCAUUGCAGCCUGGGUGUAUAUUUGCAGUGGGCCUGGCCUCUCAUGGCUGUUGGGUCCAGGUUCUGGAGAUAGGUAAUGGUGGACAUCCUCUUCCCAAUCACGAAUGUGACACUUGUAAUGGGUCUGACGUUGCUUUACUUCUGCUGGCCUAAUUUGCAGGUCAUGUGGAGACCACCUUGUGCCACCCUCAAAUCUGCUUCAAAAACUUAAUUGUCAGAAUCAAAUACUAUUGUUCUGCAGUUUAUCUGAUGGGUUUAGCUUAUGUGACCUUGUAGUUGUGGCCUUGUCCCAGUCACUAUGUCAUUGAUUUAUUUUGGAGGGGGUUAAAUUAUUUAGUAGCAAUUUAACAAAACUGUGCCAGAUGACUAUCAGUUAUAGUAGAAGAUCCCCGGGAUGGGCCUGAUGUGAUUGUAGCUGUGAAUGCUUGUAGUUGUUAUGGGGGUGGGGGGGUGGGGGGGGUUCAGGUCUCGUAACAUCAGGGUGACCCUUUAUUUCAGGUCAUCCCUGCCGGGCCUCAGUUGACUUAUUUCGGGAUUAUUUCUGGCCACUUAACAUUGACACACUGAUCUGGUUUUAGAUUAAUGAGAAUUGAAUUGACGCGUUUCACAUCCAUGACGUCUCCUUCCUGCAGGGUUUUCUUUUGCUGCAUUCCACUGACCCGAGCCGACUAACGAAAAUUGGGGUCUGCAGAGUGGGGGGCUAGUCAUGGAUCCCACUGUUUACAUGGGGUUCUGCAUACAUGUAACAUGGAUUAUUUAAAAGAACAUGUUGCGAUUUCUUUGAUACAUUUUUGCACAUGAUGAGGGGUGAUUUAUUUUUAUUUUUACGGUGUUAUAUUUAUAGACCACGCUUAGUAUUUCUCUACAUGUGAUCUGAUGUUGGGGUGGGGUCUCCCCAGUAUUGCCGCUGUUGUGUUCAAUGCAGCUUGCACAUUAGAUACGAUAACAUAACCUUUACAGCACAUCGGAUCUUAUGCAAUUUGUCUUAUUCCGUAGGUUAAGGGGGGGCCCCGCCUGUUGCUCUUUGUAGGUGAAUUCAGUAUUUAGUCUGACGGCUUGAUGCAUGGGGCACCGUGUACCUCAUGCCUCUAUUAUAUCACCAUUAAAUUAAUGGGUUGGAUUCACACUAAGGGCCAUUGAUUUAUUUCCUUUCGCCCUUCCCGUCGCCUAUGUGCAUUGUGGAUUUGGCUGCAUGGCUGCGGUUCCUGCACAUGUGUGUGGAUGUGUCAGUAUUGUGGCCCCUGUGCACUGAGAUAGGAUGGAGCUGGGUGCUAAUUGUGCCCCCCGGCUAUUUUCCGCUGUGGAGGGGUGACCUACAUCUCCGCGUGUCUGCAGAGUGAGCAGCCGGGGAAGAAAAAGACCAAAAACAACAUUUCCAGUAUCGCUCCAUAGCAGGGGACGGCAGGAUGAGGCUCUGCAGUGCAUGCUGGGUAUUAUCAGGGCUUCUAUACAGAUCCUGAUUUAAUUAUUGUCUACCAGCGGCCAUAUUGGUCCAGUUGAUCCCCCUUAUUGGGUCAGUUAGAUGAUAUUGUACCAAUGAGUAUUAUUACGAUUUAUUUUUCGGGUGAAUGGUGGCGGCCAUGCUGCUUCCUCCAUGACUACUUUCAUAUUGAUGAGGUACGAGGCGCAGAGCACCUUACGCCUCGCGACUCUCUGCUGUAUCUAUUCUACUGUAACCUACAGGACAGUAGUGCCAACGCCUGAUGCAACCUCCAGCAGACACUGGGUAUUUAUUGCUAUUUCUUAAACUGGCAUCUGGGGUUGUUAGGGGUUAACGCACCCGUAUGCAUCAUGGUUCUGUGCGUGUAUUGGUGGCUGUAUGGGAGAAUUCUUUGUUGGGACUACAAAUCCCAGCAAGAUUGAGUGUGGGGAGAAGUAGGGGGUGAUUAGCUGUGCUACCCAGUAAGAUUCUAUGGAUGAAAGUGCUCCAGAUGUUGGGGGGACUAUAACUCCCAGCAUCUCAAACACCACAGGGCAAAGCUUUUCGGGGGGGGGGGGGGCGGUAUGAUUGAUUAUCUACGGCAGCUUUGGCGCCAAUGAUUGACAGAUUCAUACUAUUAAAUUGCGAGUGACAGUCGCACGUCAUGGUGCGUGUGAGUCACCGGCAGAGUGGGCAGAGGGAGCCCACCUACCUAUAGGGGUGAUACAUACAUGAGUGUUAUAUAACAGGUGAUGUGGGCCGAUCGGUAUAUAGCGGGAUCAUUUACUGCCCGCCGCAUGCGCAGAUUUCAAGUUGUAAUAGGCCAUAGAUCAGCGUUUUCCAACAAGG